GCAUUUAUUGCAUUGGCCUUGGUACCGCAUAAACACUGCCAGUUUCCGCGGCCACACUGAAAAACUCACCGAGCACUUCGUAUUAACUAUUAUGGGAUGAUUUAAUUUGCCAUUUGACCAGAAACAAAAUUCAACUCCUGAUUACUAGACACCAACGAUGACCUACACAGCAGAGGUCGGCUAGGUCGUGACCAGAUGACCCUCGGCCAUGGCUUCGUGUUUCUGCGUGCGUCUUGGCAAGGAAACAGUCAAGACGCUCGACUUUCGUCACUGCAAUUUGCGCUUUGUACCAGAAGAGAUCGUUGAAUAUGACGAAACUUUGGAGGAGCUCCUCCUGGAUUCCAACGACAUCCGAGAGCUGCCAAGGGAUCUGUUCCAUUGUGAGCUGCUCAAGAAGCUUGGGGUCAGUGACAAUGAACUGGUCACUAUCCCCACUGCUGUGGCUAGCCUUAUUCAUCUUGAGGAACUGGACAUCAGUAAGAAUGGGAUUGUGGAGCUACCUGACAACAUCAAGGGAUGCAAGAGUCUGAGACUGGUUGAAGUCAGUGUGAAUCCACUGGGAAAGCUUCCAGAAGGGUUCACUCAGCUGAUGAACCUGAGCCAUCUCUACCUCAACGACACUCUCCUGGACUACCUACCCGCUAGCUUUGGACGUCUUGCUAGGCUCAAGGUCCUGGAGCUCAGGGAAAACAGGCUCAAAGCUCUUCCAAAGUCUAUUUCAAGAUUGACAGAACUAGAGAGGCUUGAUUUGGGGCAGAACAGCUUCAGAGAGAUUCCUGAUGUGAUAGGUUGUCUGACAAAGUUAACUGAAGUCUGGAUAGAUACCAACAAAGUAACCCAACUCCCAAAGUCAUUUGGAAACCUGACCUGUCUGGUGUACUUUGAUGCAUCUUGUAACCGCCUUGAGUACUUACCCGCUGAGAUGGACCAACUUGAGAGCCUCACCGAUCUUCAUCUCUCAAAGAAUUUCCUCCAUCAGCUGCCCGAGAACAUUGGUCAACUAAGCAGCCUGACAACGUUGAAAGCAGACAACAACCAGCUAGCUUCCCUGCCCAGCUCCAUCGGUGGUCUGGUGUCCCUAGAGGAGCUCAUCUUGAGUGCCAAUGACCUGGAGGAGCUACCCCCAAGCAUCGGUCUACUGCGUAGGCUACGCCACCUCAAUGUGGACGAGAACAUGCUGCAGAGUGUACCGGCUGAGCUCGGUAGCUGCAGUGGGAUCACCUUGCUCUCCUUGAGAGGCAACUACCUCCAAGUCCUCCCCGAUGAGAUCGGCCGCAUCGCCAAGCUCACCGUGGUGAACCUGAGUAACAACCGUCUCCAGUCGCUGCCGUACAGCUUCACCAAACUCAAGAACCUCCAAGCGUUAUGGCUGUCAGAAAACCAGUCGAAGCCACUGAUUCCUCUGCAGUCAGAGUUUGUAGAUCAUAUUGGGACCAGAGUUCUCACAUGCUUCAUGUUUCCACAGCAGCCACAGGAUUAUGAAGAAGAUUCGUAUCUGAGUGAUGGAGAGAGCUUCCAUCAAUCUGUGUGGGAGCAGGAGAGAGCAAAAAGAUCCAAGAUUGUAUUCGACGUGGAAGAAUCAGAAUCGGAGCAUCACAAGAACACAGCCAGGGCCACCACCCCGUACCCUAAGGAGACCAUCAGACCUCGCUUUAGAAUGGGGGUCAUUGCUGCCCCUUCAAAUGGUCACAUUCCAGGCAAGAAACCCAACCUGAAGGAUAAGGUCCAGAGUCCACAGAUGGAACUGCUCCCAAGCAAACCCUCAGUUGAUACAAGGGGUUCCAGACGGGUCCGAGGGAGACGUGAGCUGGAGCUGGAUGGGAUACGGAUCAGAGAGGCAAAGGUCACCAGGCCCAGGUCACCGGGGUCAACCAUUACUGACAGUUUGCAUCUAUUCCAAGCUGAUAAGGAGAAGCGGGCCAAAGACAAGGCACGUCUCCGUCGAACACUGAGUGCUGAGAGCGAUACUGAAGUUAUCACUCCAAAAGGGAAAGGGUUCUUCAAGAAGUCCAAACAUGACCGUGGAGCCCACAGUGACACUGAGGCCAUUGACCCAGAGUGGACAUCCAAGACCAACAGCCAAAGGAGAUCACUGACCAUCGAGGACUCUGUCGGUCAAGAAAGAAGAUCUUCAGUUGAUUCGAGCCGGACACCGCUGAUGGAUGACCACAGAAAAAAUGACAUGAAGAAGGACAGAACUUCCUCUAGGCAAAAUGGAAGUGCCAAGCACAUUCGGCGAAGUGAUGGUGUGGUAACCGAUUAUGGAUUUAUUGAUCGAGGACAACACGGAGGUGAUUUUGUGGAUGGCCGAGGAACAAGAAGUGGUGAGAUUGUGCAAAAUGGGAGGAGGAGAAGUGAUGUGCCAUACGGUAGCAAUGAUCCGAGGAGAAGGAUGGGUAGGAAUAUGAACCAAGAUCCAAGGCUAAGUGGCACACCUGUGUCAGGCAAUGUGGCCUUCCAUGGGAAGAGGAAUGGACACCCGCGACGAUCAGGUUAUGGGACUGAUCCUGAGCUUGAGGAGCUGUACCAUCACUCACUAGAAAAGGACUCUCCCAGGAUGCAAAUAGCCCAGUACCAUACACCCUCCAAGAAAUCUGGUUACUCAACAGACCCUGAUCGCCGCACUCCGCAAAGCGGAAGGGCUGCUGCUCCGGGUGGCAAUAAGCAAACUAGCAAUAAAAAACCUGAACCCCAUCAUCCACAUUCAGGGUAUGGUACUGAUUCUGAAAUCAUGGCGUACAAUGGUCCUUUUGAUUACACUUCUCCUGCAGAAGAUCAUGGAAGAUCUUCCAGAGUUGCUCAAAGGACCCUUGAUAAACGGAUUGAUUACACACCUCCUGUGGAAGAUCAUGGAAGAUCUUCCAGAGUUGCUGAAAGGUCUCUUGAGAAACGCAUUGAUUACACACCUCCUGUGGAAGAUCAUGGAAGAUCUUCCAGAGUUGCUGAAAGAUCUCUUGAGAAACGCAUUGAUUACACACCUCCUGUGGAAGAUCAUGGAAGAUCUUUCAGAGUUGCUCAAAGGUCUCUUGAGAAACGCAUUGAUUGCACACCUCCUGUGGAAGAUCAUGGAAGAUCUUCCAGAGUUGCUCAAAGGACUCCUGAGAAACAGAGUCGGAUACCAAAGAGGCAACCUGAAGCUUACGAUGAUCGCAAAGGACAGUGGGUUGAUGGCAAAGGGUAUGUGAAAGAACUAAAUCAAGAAAGAGUUGGUGAAGAUAACGAUGAGAAUUUGCAUUGGGCGUACCCUACAUUUGAGUCCAAUAAAGGCACUGGAUUUGAUGACGAACAAAAAGUUGAGAAAAGGGAUUACACGGAGGAACCAAGGGGUGGUAAUCAUGCUAGAACAAAACGAUUUGAUAAUUCAAGUGACCUUGGUAGACGUGCUAUGGCCAAUGCUGUCAUGGAAAAGGGAGAUGGACAUCCAAAGGAAGUAGGAAAAGUGGAUCUGUCCUCAGAGACGGAAAGCCAUCAAGAGCUGCAUUGGGACAUCUCUGAAAUUCUUGGUAGUUCAAGUAGAACACCGGGACAGUUGAGUACUCCUGCCUCCUCUCCUCAGAAAUCCAAGGCAGACAGUGUUGAGCAUGUGUUCAUGGGUAACGAUGAGAGACCAAAGAGAGACAAGAAGAUCAAGUCUUCAACUCCGGAAAAUGAAAGGCAGAGUGAGAAAAUUUGCACAGUUGUAAGCAAUGGAUCUGUUCCAAAUGUAGCACUUACGCUUGAGGAUAACAUGUUUGGUGUAGAAAAUCAAAUGACAAACCUUGAACUAAGAUCAAACAUUGAUGGCCCCAGGGAUGGAAGACCUCUUCCACCCUAUUCCAAGAAGAGAGAUCCCAACUUGUCUCUACCUCCAAGUCCUGCACAGCUGGAUCACAGGGACCCUUCGGCAUCACCCAUUGACGUAAAAGCAGGGUCAAACAAAAUGUCACAACUGCAGUAUUACCCAUCAAAACAUAGAAGUGAUUCUCCACUGCCUCACCACAGCAAUAGAAACACUCCUAACGACAUUGCCCCAAACACUAGAACACAUCUCAGGAACCAAACCCCCAAUCUCCACAUUGUAAACCAAAAUAUGCUGCAGAGCGAGAGUCGAAAACCAAGUGAUCAUUUGACUAAUCAAAUUGCAAAGCGAGGAGCCAUUCCAACGUAUGACGAAGCUGUGUUGCGAAGGAAAGACAGUCUUGGAAAGCAGCAGUCCCAUUCCUUAAACUCACUCACCAGGGACAUAAGCAAGCAACUGAAAGUGUACCCUAUACCAGUGGCAGCUUCCAAUGAAGACCUCUUGUCUACCAAACAAAAACAGGAGGCCCAUUAUACAACUCGGGCUAGACCUUCCAAUGAACGACUUAACGAUGAGAUAGAUGAUUAUGAGAUCAUCAGUGAUUGGCAUCAGGGUCCUCGAGCGAAGGAUCAUGAGUUGCAGGGGCAACCUCAUGACAGAAAACCUCAGUCGUACCCUGACACCAGGCAAGGACAAGACAGCAAAUUGAAAGAACAAAGUAAUGAUGAUGCGUUGUUGCAUCAGAAUCAAAAGAGAUCAAGUACCCCAAGUAGUCAGAUUCCGAGGCAUCUAUCAGAGAGAACCGAUAUGUUACAGAAGCAACGUUCUGCAGGUGAUGCUGGAUAUCAACAGAGAAGUAGAUAUGGUCAAAGGGAACAGGUUAAUGAAAACUGGAAGCAAGAGGCUGACGUUAGUAGAAACAUUCCAAGAGGAAAAUCUCCUUUACCACGCUAUGCAGCUCAGAGAACACCAACUGCCAAGGAAGAACUGCAACAUACCUACAAAGAUGGAAGACAGUCGUAUUCAACAGUCCAUGACCACAGGCCAAAAGAGAUUGAUCACAUCAAUCAAGAAAAUACUCAGUACCGCAAACAUGAUGAGAGGAAGUAUUCUGAUCGUACCGAAUCAGUUCCAAACAGACACAGUGAUGCUGAUCACCAUGACCAAACAGAUGGAGUAUCCGGCAGCCAAAGAGACAUCAAUCAUAACAGACCUCAAGACUCCGCAUACAUCGGACAGAGAGACACCAGGUACAGUGGCCAGUACACCCCUACCUACAACCAGGAUGCAACCCCUGAUCAAUUUCUGUCAGCACCAUCUUAUGGGGAAAGACAGAGUACCAAGGAGAGUCUUCAACCUGUUGAAGUUAAUGAUGAUAAUUGGAAGCACCACCUACUGAACAAGCUUGCCACAAAGAACUUGACACCAGUAGAUGACGAACAGACCCUGGUAUCUAUCCGACGUCAAGGAGAGAGCACCAAGUCCACCGUACAGCAGAGAAGGCUGCAUGUUCUACGAGCAAGAAUGCAGAAUGACUUGAAACCUGGUGAUGAAUCCAUUGACGAGGUGUUUCACUCUCCCUCUCUGCCAUCCCGCUCCCCUGGCUUCAAACCCCAAUCCCAUGUCCCACCCAACAACAACACCCACCACCACCCCCAUCCCCAUCCCCAGUACCAAUCCCAGGACAAGCAGACUCCGGAUAGCACCUCCGGUAUCAGGAACCGCCCUCACCACCACCACCACCACCACCAACAUCCCACUCCUGACACCCACGAGUCACCUGGCCAGAAGCCAUGGCAGGAUGAACCUGUUAGGAAAGGGCCUCCACCAGGAUAUCACCACCAGAGGGACUGGUCUCCUUCAUCCUAUGAAAAACCUCCUCAGAUGAUGGACCAUGUGGAUGUAGCAGAAACUAGGAGGGGUACCCCGCCAGGCAGUUCAGGAAGCUCCACCACUGGUUGCAAUGGGCGUAACUUUGCCCCCUCUCCCAGCCUCCAGCGGCGCCUGCCCCCCUACCAUUCCACUGUCGCCCAAUCCCAAUCUCCCCUUCCUGUCAGGAGAGCUGACCCAGAUGGCAUUGGGGGCCCCAAAACGAUUCCAUUGGUAAUCUAUAAGAACCCUGGCCUUGGAUUCAGCAUCACUGGAGGUCAGAAUUCUCCUGGGAAUCCUUUUCAUCCUGAAGACAUGGGUAUCUUCGUGACCAAGGUGCAACCAGACGGUCCUGCAGACCAUUGCCUGCUCCCUGGAGACAAGAUUCUUACCGUCAACAACCAGGACUUUGUGGACAUUGAUCAUGAGCAGGCUGUCCAGGUGCUCAAGAACAGUAACCCGGUUUCAAUGGUAGUCAGCAGAGAAACAUGAGGAGCUUUGUCCAGCCUUAAUUUCAAGAACCAGGACUGUUUCAGCUUAGAUAAUGAACAGGCAAUCUUUGCCCUCAAGAACAGUAACCCAGUAGUUGUGAUCACCAGGAGAGAAACUUGUGAUCAAGGUGCAACCAGACAGUCCUAUAGACCAUUGCCUGCUCCCUGGAGACAAGAUUCUUACCGUCAACAACCAGGACUUUGUGGACAUUGAUCAUGAGCAUGCUGUCCAGGUGCUCAAGAACAGUAACCCAGUUUCAAUGGUAGUCAGCAGACAAACAUGAGGAGCUUUGUCCAGCCUUAAUUUCAAGAACCAGGACUUUGUGGACAUC